AUGGACGUUGCAAGCACCACCUUCACGCUGAUGAAGGAAGCCUACCGCGGCAUCCUGUUCAUCCGCACCGUUAUCGAAAACGCUAAAAACAUGGAAGCCGACCAAAAGGAUAUCAAGUCCCAGAUUGACGAGGAGAUUGGAUUCUUGGACACCUGCAAGCUGCUCCUUUUCGAUGGCAACGGGCAGUUCAGACAGCCGCGCGGUCUCCCGAUCGCCUGUUUCGAGAAGAAGGUCGAAAACACCACUCGGAAGCUUUUGCAGGCGAUGUCGGAGUAUACCACCAUCGCGGGCAAGUACGAAGUACCUGAAUCCAAGGGAUGGGAGCACGUGGUGGGUGACUCCAAAAGCAUGACGGAAUGCAUGGCCGUCAAAGUCCAUCGGGUGCAGCAGAAGGUCAAAGAUAUCAAGAAACGGUACCUCGAUUGGAGCGUAUUUGACCGAGAAAGGGUCCUGGAGGUUCUGCGAGUCUACACCGGUCAUGCACACGAGCUUCGUGAGACCCUGAGUCAUAUUGUGCUGAUCUGCCUCGCUGCCGGAGAUACUUGGAUCAAGGAGGUUCUCGAAAAGCAAAGUCAAGAUAGAUGGCUCCAGGAAGCUGCAGCACGCCGGCUUCUUGGCCUCCAGGAUCCGCCAGCCGACUUCGAUGCCCUGGACUGGGACAGGAUCAGGCCGCCAACAGGCACGAAGCUCGCCACGGACUCCGACAUUGUACAUGCCCAGUAUGACGACCACUCGGGCCAGACACACAGUGUCAUUGUGGAAUACCGUUCGUAUGACCCUGUCCUAAGGACCGCCCCCGGUAGCGUCCUUUCCGAAUUGAAGGCACCCAUCCGCAAACUCGCGUGGGCGAUGCAGUCCGCGUUCACGAAACCAGAAGAUGCCGGCCGUCCAUCGACUCUCCGCGUCUUGCCCUGCUUGGGAUACGUCGACGACAUGAAGAAGUGGCGCAUCGGCUUCGUAUACCGAUGUGCGCAGCUUCAUACCGGAGACGAAGCGGAGCAGCACGCAACACUGCACAGUCUAAUCAGGCAGUCCACUGUCGGUCAGUCCACCGUCGGCGGCGAAGGGCAGUCUGCUGUCCGUCAAGAUCAUCCCCUGCCCAAACCUUCGUUGGGCGAGCGCUUUCGAAUCUCCGCCGAGCUUGCGGCGACGGUCUCUGGGAUCCAUGGAUUUGGCUGGGUGCACAAAGGGAUAUCAAGUCGUUCGAUCAUCAUGUCGAGCGGCACAAAUGGGGAUGGCCGAAGCCCACACCUCAUCGGAUGGUGCUAUGCGCGUCAGCAGAAUGGCGAGACCCUGAAGGUCAACCCAGCUGAGGACCGGGCAUCCGAUCUGUAUCGCCACCCGAACCGUCAAGGACAUCCUAGCGACAGGUUCACGAUCCGUCAUGACAUCUACUCGCUUGGUGUGGUACUCCUCGAGGUGGCCCUUUGGGAAACAGCGGACGAACUGUGCAAAGGUGUCGAUCACCCUAUCAAAAUACGCGAGACCUUGUUGCAGCGCACUAGCGACACUGUCCCUUGGCUCAUGGGCGAGCGGUAUGCAGAGGCCGUGCGACGUUGUCUCGAAGGGGACUUCGAUAUCCCAGGUGACCACAACCGUGAAGCCCUGCUGGGCCUUGCCUUCAGGGAUUUGGUCGUUGAUGUGAUUGCAGCUGGACGGGCUCUAUGA